CCGCCCCUCCCGCCGCCCGGGAGCCCUUGCGGCGGGGCGGUUCCGCGAUCCCGGCGAUGCUGGCGGCGCGGGGCGCGCUGCGGAGGGGCCGGUUGCCCGCGGCGGGAGUCGGAGUUGGGUCGGUGCGGCUGCGGGGCCCCCCCCGCCUCCCGCCGCACGUUGUGGACCUGCGAAGUGACACCGUGACCCGGCCGUGCGCGGCGAUGCGCCGCGCCAUGGCCCGCGCGGCCGUGGGCGACGACGACUACGGGGAGGACCCGACGGUUAACGAGCUGCAGUGCCUGGCCGCGGGGAUCCUGGGGAUGGAGGAGACUCUGUUCGUGCCCACGGCCACGAUGGCGAACCUCAUCGCCGUGAUGUGCCACUGCCAGCGCCGGGGAGCUCAGCUGCUCCUGGGUCGGGACUCCCAUCUGCACGUCUAUGAGCACGGCGGCGCCGCGCAGGUUGCCGGUGUCCACUCCCAGGCACUGCCGGACCUGCCCGAUGGCACCUUCGACCUGGAGCUGCUGGAGCUGACGAUCCGCGAGGCUCAUGGCAGCCGGUACCACCCGCGCCCCGAGCUCCUGUGCCUGGAGAACACGCAUAACUCGGCGGGGGGCCGAGCGCUGCCCCUCGCCUACCUCCAGCAGGUCCGUGGGCUCGCUGACCGCUAUGGGCUGCGGGUGCACAUGGAUGGAGCACGGCUGAUGAACGCGGCGGUGGCACAGAAUGUGGAGCCGGCUCGGAUCACCCAGCACUGCGACUCUGUGUCCCUCUGCUUUUCCAAGGGCCUGGGUGCCCCAGCCGGCGCGGUGCUGGCUGGACGCAGGGAGUUCAUCGCCGAGGCCUGGCGCAUGCGGAAGAUGCUGGGCGGUGGGAUGCGGCAGGCGGGAGUGCUGGCGGCCAUGGCCCGCGUCGGCCUGGAGCACAUGGGGGUGACGCUGCGCAGGGACCAUGACAACGCCCGACGCUUUGCUGAAGGCAUCCAGGAGCUGAGCUCGCCCCUCUGCUCUGUCAACCUCGCAGCAGUGGAGACUAACAUCGUGAUGGUGAACAUCAGCGGGAGCUGCUCGUCCCCUGCGGAGCUCUGCGAGCACCUGCAGGCUGUGAGUGAGGAGGAGCUGGCUGAGACCGGCCACGCUGUCAGUGUCCUGCUCUUCCCCUGGUCGGCACAUGCCGUGCGCGCCGUCUGGCACCGCAACGUCUCGGCCCACGACACUGAGCUCGCAAAGAACAAGCUGGAGUUUGUGGCCAGGAAGUGCCGGGAGAAGCUGGCCCUGGGGCUGCGCCCGACCCCUCCGAACGCGGAGGGAGCCUGAGCAUCCCCCCAGUCCUGUCCUGGCAGUGAGUGCAUCCACCCCACGUGCAGCUCUGCAAACCAGCAUGAGCCCAGCGCCGGGGACACCCCAGCCCGCCUGGCAGUGGGAGCAUCUUCACAGACCUGCCCAGAGGGACCGAGGGGAGCCCACAGCUCACUCCACCACCCAGGCCCCUCAGAGGCAGUGUCCCUGCAAACACAUCCUCAGGGCAUCCUUUAGACCCUGCAGCAGCUCAGCUACUGUAACUCGGGUCACAUAGAGCACCCAAAGGUGGAGCCAGACACCCCCCACCCCAAGGCCACACACUCUGCCUGGCUCUCAUGCAUCGCACACGUGUGAGGAUGCUGCAGUGGGGAGGCAGAUCGCGAGGGAUGGUCAGGGCAUGAAAUAAACAUGUUCUGGCAGCGCUGUG